AUGGAUUUUGACAAAGGCCCCUUGAUUGAUAUUCGUUUACUGGAACCUGACAUUCGUUUACCAGUUGAUGGUGGCAAUGGUGGUGUGCUUCGAGGAUCGGUCAGCAUCACAUGUCGAAAAUCAUAUACCAUCCAAUCAUUGGAACUACUCUUUGAAGGAUUCCAAUACAUCAUAGCAGAUGGUGAUCGACCACUCAAGGGAGAAAGAAAACAAAUUGCUCGUCAUCCGGUCUUGUUGUAUCCAGUUAGCACCACCAGCAAUAAUACCGAUGCCGAUACAGCACCCGACUUGCUGAUCUCACCAGGCACUACGCAAUGUACCUUUGAAUCAAUAUUGCCUAGCCAUCUACCUGCAACCAUACAAUGCCCUGAACUUGAUAUCCAAUACAGCUUGCGAGCUACCAUGCAUUAUAAUCGUAUUAGCACCUCCACUUCAAAUUCUACCACCUCCAUUACCAGCAGCAAACCACAAUGGCUGUCGCGGAAACGUAUUCGAAACACCGCUUGCACAAUACCUGUACGAUUGAUUGCAGCACCCUCAUCCGCAUCACUAUUGUAUCACAAUCAUGGCAUCGACUCUCUUAAACAAACGACAACCUGGUGCCAGUAUCGGAUUGCUUUUGAGCAUCGUUCUAUUACGGCAGGCAAGACAAUGGGCAUCCUGUUGCAGAUGGCACCUCAUUUACAAGGCAUGUGGCUUGAGCAAGUUUACAUUGAAUGGAUCGAACGACGACGUGUCUCUACACAAAAAUUAAGCAAACAUUUAUUGCUGCCUAUUCGAUGGGUACAAUUGGAUCCAUCUGGACAUCAACAACAUCAUACAAUGGCACCUCCGCUCAGAUUAGGUAGCCAUCCCCGAUCGUUCCGAUUAGCGUAUCAGGUACCGGAGCAUUUGGUCCCUUCAACUCAAUUUCACGAUCAAUUUGCAAUGGACCAUCACGUGAUUGUAUCCAUGCUGCUGAGUUUCCCUGCAGUGGUCAAAUGCAAAAAUGAUGACAAUAGGCGCUACAUGAGGAGGUAUACCAAGACCAUCCGAUUUGGAACCGACAUACGCGUCAUUGAUGGACGUCAAGAUCAAGAUGCAAGAUUACCACCCUACCAGGAAUGUGCAAAAAGCCAAGAUGGCUCAAGCAGUUCAUCAACAUUGAUCAUGCAAGGCCCACCCAUGUAUACCCCAUAA